AUGCCUCGUGUCGCAAAUAAAGCCCACCGCCGCUCAGGCGGGGGUACUUCAACCCCUCAGAAGAACGCCCCCAUCCGCAUUCCCCUCAACGAUGACAUGGGUGAAAAGGCGGCGCGUAUGGAAGCUCGUCAAGCUCUCCAAGACCGCCAGAUGAACCAGAUCAAAGCUGCAGUCAAGACACCGAUGCCUGCACGUCGUUAUCGUGAGGAUGGCGACGAGGACCUCGACACGCCGCGCGGAUCUAACCACCGUGGUCGCGACAGCGAUGCACCCGGCCGAGGCGUAACCCCGAUGAAGCGCGUACCCAUUUUGGCGAAUUUCGAGGAGUGGAUGAAGAUGGCUACAGAUAACAAGAUUAACGCAAACAACUCCUGGAACUUCGCGUUGAUCGACUACUUCCACGACAUGUCACUUCUGAAAGAGGGCGACGGCGUCAACUUUCAAAAGGCGAGUUGUACGCUGGAUGGCUGUGUCAAGAUCUACACUAGCCGAGUUGAUAGCGUUGCGACCGAGACCGGAAAACUUUUGAGUGGCCUGGCUGAUAGUCGUGACAAGCGAGGCCGGGAUCCCGAAGCUGAGGGGGAAGACGGGGACGAGGAUGAGGAUGGUGAAGAAGGCUCCGGGCGCAAAUCGCGCAAGAAGACGCGAUCGCACGAGGCCACCCUUGCGCCCUCUUUCAAUUCGCUGCAACUCAAGAAGUUUGAGCUUGAAUUCGCCGUCGAUCCCCUGUUCAAGAAGGCCUCGGCUGAUUUCGACGAAGGCGGCGCUAAGGGAUUACUUCUCAAUCACCUGGCUAUUGACGGACAUGGAAAAAUCGUGUUUGACAGUAGCGACGACGCCGUUGACGACCACUCAAAGACUGCGGAGGAUGAGGACGAGCAGCCGGAGUCCGCUGAUCCAGUCUCUCAUGACGUGGAAACAUCAAAGAGCUCUCAACCAGCUGCCGAAACUUUUAACAACGACACAGACAUUGACCUUGCUACUUUAGCCAGUCAGUUUUUCCCGGAUCUUGAUCGACUCGGUGAGCAGGAUAUUUGCCCCUCGCUCAAGAAUCUGGAUCUUGGGGAUCCUGGCGCAAACCUGGAUAUUCCCCUUCUUAAGGCUCCCGAGGACUGGAGGCAUGACAAGAGUACCGAUGAACAUCGAUCUGCGGAAGACCCAUCUGGAAUCAUGCUGGAUGAUGACAAUGCCGUUGGAUUCGAUGAUGAUGAUUUAGUCGGCUUCGAUCUGAGUGGGGACGCUGGUUUCGGUGACGGCGGUGAAGCUUGGGCGAGAGAAGCCGCCUUAGAGCCCAUGCUCAAGGUACACCGGAUGGACCAUGACGGUCCCGAUGCUGAUGGCGAUGAGGAGAUGGCAGAUGAGGAUACUUUCGCUAUCUCCAUGUCGCAUCAACCUAGCAAACAGGACCAUGAGAGCAUCUUGAGCUAUUUCGACAACGCACUUCAAAAGAAUUGGGCUGGACCCGAACAUUGGAAGAUUAGGAGGAUCAAAGAUACGACAGUAAUUCGGGACUCGGGUUCCGUGCCCAAGCAACGCAAGGAAAAGGAGCCCUUUGAGAUCGACUUCUCUGCGCCACUUGACCCUCUUAUUGCAGAGCUCAUUUAUUUGCCCGCGAGUUCAAACUCGGCUAUCUCCAUCCCGAAGACGCAAUGGAAGACUAAAGGUCGUAAUCUGCUGCCUGAUGAUAAGCACUUCAACUCGAAGAGCUUGCUGAGUUUGUUUUUGAAGCCCAAAGCCCGUAUGGGAUCUAGGAGGCUUCUCAGCCGGAGGACGCAAGAUCCUAAGGAGCAGGUUUCUGGGCAUGGCGACAUGGAUGAAGCUUUCUGGGCAAAUCACAAGACAGAAGAUGCGACGGCUGACGAAGGCGGUGGCGGUGCUUACGAUGCCAACUUCUUUGCAGACGACGAUGGUCUCGCGUUCCCCAACGGCAUGGACCUAGAUGAUGAAGAUGAGAACUUGCCAUUUGCAGACGCGCGAGAGAUACUUUCACCAGCAGCUGAAGGCCGACCUGGUACUGCAGCUGGCAAUGCUACCGGUAUCACUGCGUUGUUGAACAUGGUUGGUGCCACGCCCGGCCGACCUGGAGCGGGCGGUUAUGGAUCACAGUUGGUAACUCAAGGUGGCCGUCGUGCUCGGCCAGAAUACGUCAACUACGCUCGGGUUGCGAAGAAAGUUGAUGUUCGACGACUCAAGGUCGAGAUGUGGAAGGGAAUGGGUGAGCGUCUUGUUGCCGCCACGGAGAACGCUUCAUCACAACCGGGUUCGAAUCCCAGUGAUCCCCCAGCUGAGCCUGACAGUGACGGUGACGAGCCAAUGCCACCGACUCCUCACUCAGGUAGACUGGGCGAAGCCGAGGACUCCCAAAAGGAUGGCAGAUUGAGAUUCACGCAUAUCAUGAAUGGCUUGAAGCAGGUCUAUCCCACGGAGACGUUACGGGAUAUCAGCACGUCAUUUGGUUUUAUCUGUCUUCUCCAUUUGGCCAACGAACAAGGCCUAGUCCUCGAAAGCGACAUGGACAAGAUGGCUAAUGAUGCCAUUGGCUUGGAGGAGAUCUAUGUCAGUCGUGAUGCCCAUGCUAUCAUUGAGGAAGGUGGCAUUUGA